CAUCAUCAUCAUCAUCAUCAUCAUUCACCACUAGCAAGCCUUGCUCAAACAACUUUGCUAUAAAAGCUCAACAUUACAAAGCUUGUUUUUUUUUACAUAUAAUUAGCUUGCUUUCUGUUUUUGGGCUCUUUAUUUUUUAAACUCCUCUUCCUGAGCUCUCCGCAACCCAAAAAAGUCCUUGUCAACCGACAAGAAGCCGCCAACCAAACACCAUUCGCAUUGUUCGUCCGAUAAAUUACUUGGUGGAAACCUCGACGGCUUCCGACUAAUCCGGCACGCACGCUCAUACCUGGCCAUGGGAUCGCAUGCAACCUCUUGACAGUUUCGAUAUCAGUUGACCCGUCCCAUCUCGAUUCUGCCGAGCACCGGACUCCAACUUUCGCGGUUUCGGGGACUUGGGAAGCCUUAUUGACUUGUCCCCGCCAUCACCGAACGCUAUUGUCGGAGUCUUAAAAUACCCAUCCAUCCACCACCACCCACCAAUUCCGCUAAUAGGCCAAAAAACAUGGCUGGUUUAAUUCCUCUUCGUCUUCCCGCAGUUACGGGAUCUCCUCCAGCAGCAAGCCACCGCGCCAGCAUAGCCGAGUUGCCCACACACAGCAUAUCCGCAUCAACUCGCCCUGCGCGGCACGCACGACACGCCAGCUUGGGAUCCUUGGCGAUCCCUGUAAGAGCUUCUAGAGCGAUACACCGUGCAUCAUCUCCCAUGCUAGCUCUGCUCCCUAAUUUGCCAUACACUCCAGCGGAAUGGAGGAGGACGAUGACUGAGAUCAAGCGUCAUCAUAUGAGCAAAAGGUUCCGUGCCUGCUCGGCACGCUGCACCGAAAUCUUGGAAAACCUCAAAGAAACUUCUUCUGUUGAGCCGGCGCAUUUGAUCUACUUGCACUUCUACGCCGCCAACUCGUUCGAGAUGUGCGCGAGGCCGUAUCCAGCCACCGCUCCUGCGAGAGCUCACCUUCUGACCCAAGCUCGCACGCAUUACGACGAGGCCGCGGCCCUGAUCAAAGCUGCUGAGGCUGCCGCAGUUUCUCUGUCGCGGAGCAGCUCGCGGGCAUCCACUGGUUUCAGUGGGAGUGGCUUCCACUCGCCUUCAGGGUCCAUCAGCUCGGGAACCUGGUCUACACCGUCCACGGCCUCGCCCACCAACUCUAUUUGCUCUUAUGACGAUUUGCUUUCAAGAUCUACCGAUUCUACUCCGGUCCAGCGCAAGGCCAAGAAGACGGUCUCCUUCCAGUUGCCGAAGGAGGAGAAGUUUGCUUUCCCCACUGAGCCCAUCAUCCGUCCCGACUCGCCGACAUUGGGCUUUGAGGACGCCUACUUUGCCUCUCCCAUCCUCAGAUCUCCUCUUCCUGAGCCGCCGAAACGCCCUGCCAGCCCCGAGUCUGCAUCAGCAUGUAGUCCUGACCUUCACGCACCGAUGCCGCGGCGGUCGAGCAUGCGCCACUCUAUUUCGAGCCAAAACGGCUUUGACCAGUUCGACGAGGACUCGCACAGAGCAUCUCAAUCGGUCUAUCGCUACUGUGAUACGCUGCUGUCACUCAAGUAUCAACUACAAGCCCACCGUUCCGACGUCGACGCCCUUCUGGGCGAAUCCACUGGACAGAUGCGCAAGGAGGAUCUCAUCGCCGCCAUCGUUUCCAACCCUAACGCAUCAGUUGCCAGUGAGGAGCUCCGCGUGCUCGAUCGCCAGGCGCGCAUCGAAAAACUCCGCCAGAACGGAUGGCAACGCAAGAGGUUUGACGCUUCGCGCUACGAAAGGCUCUGCAACGAUGUCCUGGCCGAACUGUCAUGAAAACCGACCAUCCACAUAAUCCAACCAAAAAAACAAAAGCAAAAGUAUUUCCUUUAUAUACCCACAUAUGUCACACAUACAGAUCUCACAUACCUUGAAAUCCAUACGGCAGCAUCUUGCAAUGACUUACUAGAGACGAACAAGGCUUGACGACCCUGUUCAAUUUGGACGAUUUGAUACCAUCAUGUUUUCCUUUUUGAGUUUCCAUUUCCUUUGUCAGCGUCUACCACGCACUACACACUAUACAAAUACUGCACACACGUGCAUUUUCUUUCAUGUUUUAUGUUUGGAACGUGUACAAACACCCUUGUUACAAAAAGUCCGGCGCAUCGAUUAUGGUUGCACUCUGGUAGUCUUAGUAUAAAAGUAACAGUAAAUGUAAUUGCUCUGAACAACAGCAUAACAAAUCCAAAUCAUCUCGUACUUCUGUGC